AUGGUACAUUCUUUUCGGGUCCAAGGUGGGUGGCCUACAGCCCCAGAUGGUCCAUAUGCAUGGGGAUACUGCUUCAAAGAAGAACGAGGCAACCCACCAGAUUAUUGUACUCCAAAUCAACAAUGGCCAUGCGUUCCUGGUAAGAAGUACUAUGGUCGAGGACCCAUUCAAAUCACACACAACUACAACUAUGGUCCAGCAGGAAGAGCCAUCGGAAUGAAUCUGCUAAACAGCCCCGAAACUGUUGCAAACGAUCCAGUAGUUUCUUUCAAGACAGCGUUUUGGUUUUGGAUGACACCCCAAUCGCCAAAACCUUCAUGCCACGACGUCAUCACCGGAACAUGGAGGCCAUCGGCAGCAGAUACAGCAGCCGGUCGUGUCCCUGGCUAUGGUGUGAUCACCAAUAUCAUCAACGGUGGAAUUGAAUGUGGUAAAGGUUCUAACCCACAGGUGGAGGAUCGGAUCGGUUUCUACAAAAGAUACUGUGACAUACUAGGAGUAGGCUAUGGCAACAAUCUGGAUUGCUACAACCAGAGGCCUUUUGCUUAGGCAUUUAAAGGGACCGCUCGAGCCGUCUCCAGAGUUACUUACAGGAAUAAGAUGCUUCAUACAUGCUUGUAAUAUAAUGAAGCAGUAAUAAAUAUGCAUAGUUUGGCUUACCAAAAUAGUAAUUUGGUGCCAAAUAUAUGUCUGUAUCAAGGAAAUGAUGAAUAAAACUUCCCAUAUUUCAGAUAUAUUGAAUCUAAUAGUUAAGUAUGUUGGGUUUCCCUCCUUUGUGGGACUCAUCAAUUUGCUAAUUUUUUGGUGGUUUACCCGUGUAUGACUCUUAUCCAAGACUUGGUUUGGAGUCUUCAAGUUAAAAGGAAUUUGGCAGCCACCAAAGACUAUAAGUUUUGUCCUUUUCUUUGGUUCAUCUCUUCUCUGUUGGUUUGGCAAGAAGACAUAUUUUCGGCAGUCUUUGGUUCAACAAAAAUUCAGCCUUCUUCUUCUCCUUUUUGGUGCCAGAAAAAUCUGCAAAUUUGUUCUUCAAGUGGGUAACAUUUCUUCACUUGAUAUUUGGGUUUCUUGCGGUUUGUUCUUGGAGAUUUGGUUCACUUAUUUUGUGAGGUAUUUUCCUCUUGUGAUUUACACCUUGGUGUGUUUGUAAGGCUUAUGCCUUUUGGCCACUUUGUAAUCUGAUUUGGUGAUAGUGGAAGAAACUGACCUACCGGUCGUCGUGGAUGUACCUCAAGUUAUUUGAGGGAACCACGUAAAUCUUGUGUGCUUAUUUAUUUUCUGUUAUUUUAUUUAUAUUGCUUCCAUUGAUUUACACUUGUGG